UUAUGCCCUAGGUGACCUAAGUUAAUUUUACCACUAAUAUUCUGAACUCUAGCACACAUUCCUUCGUCACGGCUUGCAUUCCUUCCAUUCCGAAGCCCUUGGCCGUCGGUACUUUUCGUCUCGGCGCUAUAAAGCAACUAAAUUUUGUCGCUGUUUGCCAGGCCGCAUUCCUUUUUACAUAUUCCAUUAUGCCAUUACCAUCAUGGACUGUGUGCCUUUUAUUACCGUUGUGGGGCCGUUUGCCUGUCGUGGGCUGCGUGCCUGUUAUCACCAUUCUAUCGCGAGCUGUGCUCCUUUUUGAUAGCCAUAAUCCACAAAGUGCCCUGCCUCACAUCUGGAAUACUCAACCAGCGCGUUCGUUGUACCGAUGGCUAUUUUACCUCCUUUGUUCCCCGCCUCCGUCUCCCUUGCUAUCCUGCACUACUGCUCACACAGGCAGUCUCACACCCGAAUGUCUAGUCAAUGAUUAUGUAGAUCACAUAGCCUCUUCGGCGCAACAUAGUGGCGGGGUUCUUCCCUCUGUACCAUGGGUCUUCGGAGACGUAACCCACAAAAGAGAGGAAAGGAAGAGAUACUAGUAGACUGCGACCCCCCCACCCAAUUUACCAUAUCCAACGCCUUAGGACGGCACCUUCAUCCCCGGACCAUUGCAUAGCCUUGAUGAACAGAGUACAUAGCUGAUUUCAUGACAUAAGUAGUAUGAUACUGCAUAUGCAAAUGUAGUGUCCAACAUCAUGCAUCAAGCAUGGCCCCAACGGACAAUAAAGAAAGGGAAAAAUAGGCAAUGUCCCCACAGGCUGCUAAUACGGUGAUAGAAUUAAGAUUGUUGUCACGAUUGGCGCCG